CAGUGUGCUCUCCGAGCAGUGGUGGCUACCAGUGCAGAUGUGAGGAUCGGUACCGUUGGUCAUGUGAUCAGUGUUUAACAUAUGGAUCCUGCGACAACAUCACUGAUGACACAUGUGGAUGCAUCAGUGCCAUUCCUCCUGACGGACAACACUGCCAGCCUGCUGAUCAGCACAACUUCACCUCCUGCCCUGUAACAACACCCCCUCCAUCACCCACAACUCCUCCACAAGUCUACCAAUACCUGAUCACUGUUGAGUUAAACACCAUAGACGUUACAGUCAUAGAUCAACUGAAGGCCUUAAGUUACCCAAUCAGCCUAACCAAUGAUGUUCAAGUCUCCAACAUCAGUGUCUCUACAGUGUGCUCUCUGAGCAGUGUUGGUUACCAGUGCAGAUGUGAGGAUCAGUAUCGUUGGUCAUGUGACCAGUGUUUAACAUAUGGAUCCUGCGACAACAUCACUGAUGACACAUGUGGAUGCAUCAAUGCCAUUCCUCCUGAUGGACAAUACUGCCAGCCUGCUGAUCAGCACAACUUUACAGGUUGUAUUCUUACUACAACAACUCCAUCACCAACAACUCCUCCAGCUCUUUAUGAAUACAUCCUCUCUGUUGAGUUGAACAUCUCAGAUGUCACUCUGAUAAAUCAGCUGAGGAUCAUUCUGGCAAACAUCAGUUUCCCCAUCAGCAUCAACAACCAAAUACAAGUCAGUGAGGUCAACAUCUCUACAGUGUGCUCUCCGAGCAGUGGUGGUUACCAGUGCAGAUGUGAGGAUCAGUAUCGUUGGUCAUGUGAUCAGUGUUUAACAUAUGGAUCCUGUGACAACAUCACUGAUGACACAUGUGGAUGCAUCAAUGCCAUUCCUCCUGAUGGACAACACUGCCAGCCUGUACAGUAUAACUUCACAACAUGUAUUGAUACCACAGCAGCUCCAUCUACAACACCUGCUCCAGUUUAUGAAUACAUCUUUUCUGUUGAGUUGAACAUCUCAGAUGUUACCCUCAUAAAUCAACUGAGGAUCAUUCUGACAAACAUCAUUUACCCCAUCAGCAUCAACAACCAAAUACAAAUCAGUGAGGUCAACAUUACCACAGUUUGUUCCCAAAAUGGUACAACAAUCCAGUGCAGGUGUGAAGAACAGUAUCGCUGGCCUUGUCAGAUGUGCUCCACUUUUGGCAGCUGUGAUGAUAUAUUUGACAAUAGCUGUGAAUGCAUCAAAGGCAUUCCUCCUGACGGGGUUUAUUGCCAGACAGUGUCUGAUCUCUUCAUCUGCCCAUCACCAGCUCCUCCAAAUGAUACCACAACUGUUGCAACAACGCAGAACACAACAACAAUCUUUACACCAACCUCAACUGUCAUAACUGAUACCACGACUGUUGCAACAACGCAGAACACAACAACAAUCUUUACACCAACCCCGACUGUCGUAACAGACUCAACAACAGUUGCUACAACAGAUGUGAACACAACAAUAUUUACAACAACUACUGAAACAAAUACUACAACUAUUGCUACAACCACUCCGAAUAUCACAACAGCCACAAUGCCACCAACCACUGGAGUUACCAAUUCAACAUCUGCUGCAACAACAGAAUUUAACACUACAACAGCUAAUACACCAACAACAAAUAUUACAAGCUUAACAACAGUCGCUACAACAGCACUGAACACAACAGUUACCACAGCACCAACAAUUAUAAUAAGCUCAACAACAGUCACUACAACAACAGCUGUGAACACAACAUCAUUUACCUCAACAACUGUAACAAACUCAACAACAGUCGCUACAACAGUUGUGAACACAACAGUUACCACAGCACCAACAAUUACAACAAGUUCAACACCAAUUGCCACAACACACCUGACCACCACAACACCUGAAUCUUCACCAACUUCAACAAUUGCAACUUCCAAUUCAACACCGACUGUUACACCAAGUGAGGAGACUACAACACCCUCAAUGUCAACAGCAACAAACUCAACAACACUUGCAACAACAGCUGUGCACACAACAGAUUCCACAACACCUACAACACCUGUAACAGAUUCAACGGCAAUCGCUUCAACACAUCCAAACACUACGACACCUGCAACUUCAUCAACAACUGCAGUCACCAAUUCAACACCUGUUGCUACAACUGAUAUGAGCACAACAACACAAACAACAAUUAUAACACAUUCAACAACAGAUGCAACUACAGGUGUGAACAACACAACAGUUACCACAACACCUACAAGUGUACCAAAUUCAACACCUGUUGCCACAACAUAUCUGAGCACUACAACAGCCACACCUUCAACAACUGCAGCUAACACUACUAGUGUCACCAGCCCAAAUGGCACAGUUGGCCCAACACCAGAGGUUACCUCUAACCUGGCUACAACCACAUCCCUCACAACAGCAACCAGCACCAAGACUUCUACUGCUAUCCCCACAAGGACCACUACCAGGGUUCCUACGACUAUUCCCACGAGGGCCACUACCAGAGCUACUACGACUGUCCCCACCAGGACCACUACCAGGGUUCCUACGACUAUUCCCACGAGGGCCACUACCAGAGCUACUACGACUGUCCCCACCAGGACCACUACCAGGGUUCCUACAGCUAUUCCCACGAGGGCCACUACCAGAGCUACUACCACUAUCUCCACCACCACCACCUCAACAAAGGCUCCUGAUACCCCUCCAACAACCAUAACAACCACUACUACACCUGUUACAGGAUUCAGUGUGGAUAUGUCAGUGGAGUUAGACAAGGAAUACACAGCAGAGUUAAAUAAUGCAUCAAGUCCAAUGUUCAAGGCUCUUGAACAAAGGAUUAAUUUAUUGUUAAAUGAGCAGUAUAAAGAAAUGACAGGAUUUAUCAGUGCUUCUGUGAGCAGAUUCAGAGAAGGAAGCGUAAUCACAGACUUUGUUGUUGAGACAACACAAGUUGAUGCAGAUGAAGUGGUCCAAGCAAAUCUGAACGUCCAGGAAUCACUGCAGCUUAUUGCCACUGUCAUUAGCCCCAUUACUGCAUCAUACACCAGUCCAAAUCCAUUUACCUCACCAAGCCUCACUUAUACUGGAAACAGCAUGGAGCUGACAUGUGGGCCUCCUCCUCCAAACAUCAAUGUGGGAGAUGUUAGUGGAUCUGUGUGGAAAUUUAAAGGGAGGGAAAUUAAAGAGAAUGGAAGAUUUGAAGUAACUACUUCUAGCCUGAUUUCUACCAUUACAGUAAAGAAUGUCAUCCUUGCUGAUAUGGGACAGUAUGAAUGUACUUUGACGGGUGGGGUCAUAAAUUUCAACCAAAAAGGAGAUGUAAAAGGAAUCCAAGCAGCUCCCGUUGUACGACUACGGAGCAGAGUAAAUGUUAAAUGCGACGGGACAGAGGGACAGAGACAGCCGCUUCAGUGCUGCGUACAGUCCCCCUAUACGGUCAAGUGGUUUUUAGGCUCAGCUGAUUCAUCCUUAGAUUCCACGGUCACUACUAACGAUGGAGAAACAUACUGCAUAACGCAUGACUAUGAGCUGCAGAUCUGCCAAUCGCAGUCAAUACAGUUUACUUGUAAAGUAGAUGAUCCAGAAGGCUACAGCAUGACAACAACAAUGAAAAUUUUCAUAGACGAUUUUACAUGUGAAGAUCCUCAAUAUGGGGCUGGACAAGUGGGCGACAUAUCAAGCAUAGGAUGUGACAAAGAUCACGAGGGCAGCAAGACAGCGAUCUGUCUGGAAACAGGAGAGUGGAAAUUUUUGGAGGACACAUGCAUCGUAACGCAAAUCAAGGAAUUACUAAUUGAUUCAGAGGAUUUGGUUGUGGAGGAAGUACCAGUCUUUGUGGUGACUCUAAGUACCGCUGUCAAAGACAAGCAAACAGAAGUUGCAAAUUCAUCUGCAACCAUAUCGGCUAUUGUUGAUAUCGUACAAAAUAUUGCAACUGUUUCCACCGAUGAAGUCACUCAACCUGUCAUUGAGAAUGUGCUUGAAACAGUUAAUGCCAUCAUUGGUGAUGAUUCAAGAGAGUCCUGGGAAGUUCUUAAUUCCAAUGAAACUCGCAAUGCAAGCUCAGAAUUACUGGCUUCACUGGAGUCCCUCUCCGAAGGGCUGGUUGGGGACUUUGUGUUUGCAACUGAACGGAUCCUUCUCAACAGAACCACAUUCAACAACUCCUUCAGGGCAGAUCUGAACAACAGCAUCAUCAUUGACAUUCCAAAUACCAACCUUUUCAAUGUCUCUAUCACCACCAUCAUCCUUUCCACCUUUUAUAAUGUUAUGCCAGCACGGAAUUCCAGCUUUGAUAUCAGCCUCUUCAACGCCACAAGCAAUGACACCGUCAGCGAUAAUGCCAUCAAUGCUGCUGUGGUGCUAGUCCAGAUAAAUGGAACAAUUGAGAAUGUUACUUUAAGCUACAACAAGAUAAACCAGUCUUUGUCACUGCACCCACAGUGUGUCUUCUGGAACUUCACAAUCUUUGAUAAUCUGGGUGCUUGGGAUGAUGAGGGUUGUUCGUUUGUUUCCGACAUAAACAACACAGUAACCUGCAGCUGCAACCAUCUCACCUCUUUCUCAGUACUGAUGGCAACAGACAUCCCUGCAGAACUGAAAAUAGCCUUGGAUAUAAUCACUUAUGUAGGAGUUGGGAUAUCUCUGGCAAGUUUAGUAAUAUGUCUCAUUAUUGAAGGAUACGUUUGGAAAGCCAUUACCAGAAACAGCACUGCCUUUAUGCGCCAUGUUUCCAUCAUUAACACUGCCCUGUCCCUGCUGAUAGCAGACAUCUGUUUCAUCAUCGGCGCCUCUAUUGCUGAUAACCCUGCGGAAAACCCAGGAGAGGAGUUUGGAGUUCCAGUUGGACCAUGCAGCACAGCAACAUUUUUUAUGCACUUUUUCUACCUUGCACUGUUCUUUUGGAUGCUUGUGUCAGGCCUUCUGCUCUUUUACCGAACAGUCAUGAUCUUCUCCCACAUGUCCAAGUCAGUCAUGUUGGCAAUUGGCUUUUUAUUAGGCUAUGGAUGCCCUCUGAUUAUAGCUGUUGUUACUGUUGCUGUCACUGCACCACAAAAUGGAUACAUCAGGAAGGACCAGGCUUGUUGGCUCAACUGGGUUGAGACAAAGGCCCUGCUGGCUAUGGUGAUACCUGCGUUAACUAUAGUUUUCAUCAACAUUAUAAUUGUAAUUGUGGUCUUGUUCAAAAUGCUGAGAAGAGGUGUGGGAGACACUGCCCAAACAGAUGAAAAGCACACCAUGGUGGUCAUCUUUAGGUGUGUGGUCAUUUUGACUCCUUUAUUUGGACUGACCUGGUCUUUGGGAGUUGGAACCAUGAUAUCACCAACAGAUGGGGGAAUCCACAUUGCAUUUGCAUUCUUCAAUUCACUACAGGGUUUCUUCAUUUUAGUGUUUGGGACACUAUUUGAUUCAAAGGUAUGUUGACUUCGAAUAAAUAGUUUGCCAUUUUGGGCCAUACACCUCUUUCCUUUUGGGAGAGCU